UGUACAACCCGGUUUCAUGUGUGGGAAAGAAAGAGUAACCUUAGGACAUACGGAUUUCUUCUGUCAGUGGGGAUGCUGGGAUUCCUGCGCCUCAGAGGCCCUGACCAUUGCAUGGUCACCUGGUGUGUGUUGAGGUCCUUCAUCCAGACCUCUCUCCCCGCUCUCCAACAUCCCUACCCCCUCCUCACCCAAAAAGCACACCUUUGCCUCCGCUCCACACCCCCCUCUGUCUUCCCCCAUCUUAACUCACCCGCAGGGAGGCAGGGAGACCCCUCUCUCCUCCUCCGCAAUCCCCUUACCUCCCAGCAGAGGGCACCCUGUGCCCUGUACUCCCAGGGUCCUUCAGAGCAGCGGCAGGGCUCCAAGCCUGGCGAGGCGACGGCGCGGAUCCGUCUGCGGACACGGCUGGCGGUGACGGUGCUGUUCGGUGCGGGCAUCCUGGGCACCUGGUGGUACGUGCGCCAGGAGAAGCAGCAAAAGAUCCAGCAGCAGCGCAUUGAGCAGCUCCGCCAGGUGGCCAUUGGGCAGGGCGACUUCAGUCUUCAGGACCACACCGGACAGCGACGCACCAAACGGGACUUCCGGGGGAGCUGGACGCUAAUGUACUUCGGGUUCACGCACUGCCCGGACAUCUGCCCCGACGAGCUGGACAAGAUGAGCAGCGUCGUGCGGAUCCUGGACGAGGAUGAGUCACUGCCGCGCGUCCAGCCGCUCUUCAUCACCGUCGACCCGGAUCGCGACGACGUGCCCGCCAUGAACAAGUACGUCAAGGACUUCCACCCACGCCUGAUCGGGCUCACAGGCACGCCGGACGAGAUCAAACACGCCGGCCGAGACUACCGCGUGUACGCCAACGCUGGACCUAAAGACGAGGACGGUGAUUAUAUCGUUGACCACACGAUCCUCAUCUACCUGGUCAAUCCCGACGGACUGUUUCUGGAUUAUUACAACCGGAUGAAGGACGAUAAACAGAUUGCGGAGAGCAUACGCAAGCACAUGAAGAACCAUGUCAAACUAUUCACAGACUAAAACAGAACACAGAGCAUGCACAACCACAUGAACUAUGUCAAAACUGUUCCCUGGUUUAAAAAAGUGGAUCUACUGUUGUUGUGGACGCAGGCUGUGGGUCAAUAAGUGUGAAAUAAAGUGUGAUGAAAGUGA